AUGGCUACUCAUGGUGGAUCUUACUUCAGUGCUUCUGGGCUACUAGAAGGCAACUCCAUUACUAGACCUCCUUUGUUCAAUGGGCCUAACUAUGACUACUGGAAAAAAAGAAUGAAAAGUUUCAUUCAGUCUCAGGAAAUUGAGUGCUGGAAAAGUAUUUUAAAUGGAGUUACUCCUCCAACCAGAUUCAAUGUUGAUGGAACAGAAGUUAGAAAAGAUGAAACUGAGUUCAAUAAAGCUGAUUGGAGAGUGGUAAAGACUAAUGCCAAAGCAAUCACUAUGAUUCACUGUGCUUUAGAUAUUAGUGAAUAUAAUCGUGACAGAAACUGUGUCACUGUUAAGCAAGUCUGGGAAAAGCUUCAAGUGACCUAUGAAGGAACUGACCAAGUAAGGGAAACCAAGAUUAAUCUGCUUAUGCGUGAUUAUGAGCUAUUACAGAUGAGAUCUGAUGAAGGCAUAUCAGAGUUUUGCUCCAGAUUCUCUGAUAUUAUCAAUGGACUCAAAAGUUUGGGAGAAAAUUUCAUUGAUGAACAACUCAUGAUAAAGAUUCUGAGAUCUCUAUUAGAAAAAUGGGAAAGCAAAACUACUGCUAUCAUUGAAGCUAAAAAUCUAAAAAACUAUAGUUUUGAUGAACUCAUGGGCUCAGAUGAAGAAAUAGCUUUGAUGACCAAGAGAUCCAUUGAAAUGUAUCGAAAAGGAGAUAAACGGUACAGAAACAAUAUGAAGAAGUUCAUCAAAGGAAAAGUUGAUCUGGAGGGUUCUGAUGGUUUAUGCUUUGGCUGUAAUAGGCCAGGACAUUUUAAAACUGAUUGUCCCAAACUAAAAAGAACUUCAAAGAGUGACAAACCAAAAAAAGGAUUGGCAGCUUCGAGUGAUUAUGAUGAUUCAGAUACUGGAAAUGAGGAUAAGCCAGAGGAAAAAGCAAAUCUAUAUCUAAUGGCGAUUGAGACUGGAGCAAAUAGCAGUGAAACUAAUGUGGACAAUUAUGAAGCUGAUUCAUCGGACAAUGAGAAGUAUGUUAAACUUAAAGCUAAAACCAAAAAUGUUAUUUCUGAAACUAAAAUCAAAACCUCUCAAGCUGAUGAGAUUGAAAAGGAAAACAAAAUGCAGAAGGAUUUUGAAAAGAUGACUGAAAAGCUUCAAAGAGCUGAAACUGAAGUUUCAUUCUUGAAAAAGGAAUUAGAAACAUCAAACAACCUCAGAAUCAAUCUUUUAAAACAGAAUGAUGCUAUGCAAAAGAAGAUUGAUCUUCUUAAUAAAGAUCUCACAAAAUUCACUAAGGGGAAUGAAAAUCUAAAUAUGAUUUUGGGUAAUCAGCGCCCAUAUGGUGAUACUCGUGGUAUUGGUUUUGAAGGUUUUUCUAAACCCAAGAAAUUAGAAGCAUUUUUCAAGUAUGAUUCUACAAAAUUUAGAACAAUAACUAAAAGAGCUUUUACUCCUUUUAUGUCACAUGCUACCUGUUUUUACUGCAAUAUCAAAGGACAUAUUUCAAAAUUUUGUAAAGCUAAAAAUGGAGUCUCUCAAACUAAACUCAUUUGGGUUGUCAAUGGAAUCAAAACUGAAAAUGCUAUUGACCCAAAAGGACACAAAUCAGUUUGGGUACCUAAACAUGUUUAA